GUCGACGCGAGCGGACGCGCGCCCCGCCCCGCGCCCACACACGAUAAUCUCAUUAGUGACGUGACAACUCCGCCAAAUUGGGAUGUUUACGUCAAACCAGUCGCGCUGAUAUCCGACCGACGGUAACCGCGGGGAAGACUAGAAAUGAAAUAUAAUUGGACUCAAACUAGAUGAAAAAAUAUAUAAUUACUUGUAGUGACUAAUAAAAUAUUAAUAGUUUAAUUUACUUAUAUGUAGAACAAUUCGACAGUGUUAAUCGAUGUAUUGAUUUAUUUAUCUAACUAAUUCAAUUCAGUGUUAAAAUAUUAAAUAUUUUAGUCCAAUGUUGUAGUUAUAAAAUAGUCAAUAUUUGUGUCAAUUGUGAUUGAGGACAAAGUUUAGAUAAAGGGAAUCCGAUCGGCAGAUGUUUUUUUAUCACCGACGUAUGACUAACAUGGCAUGAGCACGUCUAGCAAGAUGGAGCGCGAGCGCGCGGGGCGGCGCGCCAAGGCGGGCUCGCUGAGCGGGCUGGCGGGCGCGGGCGCCGGCGGCGGCGGCGUGCGGCGGCAGCGGUCGUUGGAGUGGACUGGCGACCGCUACAGCAGCUCGGACGAGGAGCGGCCGCCGCAGCCGCCGCCGCUCGCCGACCGAGUGUUCGCCUCGCUCCUUGCGCAGGCCACGCAGCAGUUCGACGAAGAGCAGCGUCGCAUGUACGGCUCGCAGGGCGGCGAGGAGCUGCCCCGCUACGCCGGCAGCCCGCAGCGCCAGGCCUCGCCCUUCCCGCUCGAGAGCAUGAACCGACGCUACUAUAGGCGGAACAGGAACUCUAAAGGUGAGGAGGUGUUCACGGCGGAGACCAGCACGCUGGCGCGGCGGCCGCGGCGGGACGAGUUCGUGCCUGACGCCAGGAACGGACGCCAUGGGAUUGCCAAUGGUAACUGUCAAACUUCCACGGGCAGCGAGCGCUCAUGCGACUCGCCGCCGGAGCCGGCGCCGCCCGAGGUGCCUCCGCGGGGGCCCUCGCUGCACGUGACGCUGCGCCACCGCCCCGCGCAGCCCGAGCCGCCGACUGACGCUGAUCGGCUGUAUUUGAGUGAAGAGUACGUGAUGUCGGAGGGCGGUCUCGGCGCCAACGGCAGCGCGUACCCGGCGCGCUCGCCCCUGUCCAGCUCCACCACCGGCCACUCCAGCUCCAGCCAUCACAGACUGGGCGGGUCGGGCAUGUCGAGCGGCAUGGGCGGCGGCACGCUGUCCGGCGGGCACUGCCAGCUCGCCAACCAGCCGCUGGUGAUGCCGGUGUUCCCCCUGCGAGCCUCGCAGCCGAGCCCCGUGCCAGUCUACUCGCCCUCGCGCUUCCACAUCGACAAGCGCUGCCAGCACCGCUGCAGCUGGAAGUGUCUCGCCAUCGCCAUGAUCUGCCUGUGCGUUGUGCUGGCCGCCAUGCUCGCCUACUUUAUAGCAUUAUCGUCAAUUAAAAGUAAUAUAGACAAUUCAAAUUGUAUCCUGGUGCAAGAUGUAAAAGCAGUCACGCAUGCACAAGGGAUUAGGGACGCAUUGUCAACAACAUCGCCGUCUGAUGAAUCAAUAUCGACGUCAUCACUGGGUUGGUCAACAACGGCGGAGGCGGCACUAGAGUCGGCCAUCAUACCUCAGCAAGCCCAGCAAGCCGCGCCGCCGCCUUGGUCGCCCGCGCUCGAGCUCAGGGAAUUUGACGAACUGCACAGUGCCACGAUACCACCCUACCAAUUUUGGAGCUCAGAGUUCAGAAGCAAACAGCCCGCAUAUGUUAGUCUUAAUUUCACCGUUCCCUGGGGUGCCAAUUUCGCCGUCUACGGGCGCAGGAACGUCGCGCCCAGCGUCACGCAGUAUGAUUUCGUUGAAUUCAUUAGAGGGGGCAGAGUUGACCACCGCCUUCGGAGAAAAAGAAGCUCACAUAAACACGAUUUACAUAGAAAUCACGACGACUGGAAUAAUCUACGGAGCACGAUUAGCCCACUUCAGAGAUGGAACCACACGAUAUCGCGGAGAUCGACCGAUAUGCAAGUGAACGUCAGUAUCUUACAGUACCUCGAUACAGGAAGAUGGUUCAUUUCGAUAUACAACGAUGAGCUUCAACCGCAUAGAGUUGAAAUGAUAGUAUCUGAGGCGGAGGGUGUUACGAACUCGUGCCCCGAUGAUUGUUCAGGCCACGGAUCUUGUUACCUCGGCAAAUGUGAUUGUAUGGAUGGGUAUGAAGGUCACGACUGCUCUAAGAGUGUUUGCCCAGUCCUAUGUUCUGGUCACGGAGCUUACGCGGGAGGAGUGUGUCAUUGCUACGAGGGUUGGAAGGGCCCCGAGUGUGACGUGCCCUCCCAUGACUGCGAGCCUGCCGACUGUUCUGGAAAAGGCCAAUGUAUCGCUGGCCGCUGUCACUGUGUAGCUGGACGGAAAGGGCCUAAAUGUGAUGAAGAGGAUUGCUUGGACCCGGCGUGCGGUGGUCACGGCUCGUGUGUCAGAGGCCGCUGUGUGUGCAGCGCGGGCUGGCUGGGCAGCGACUGUCGGGUGCGAGACGAGAGAGUUCAGCGAUGCCUGCCGGCUUGUUCACAACGAGGAGUUUACGAUCUGGAUGCUGGACGAUGUGUUUGCGAUCCACUUUACACUGGAGAUGAUUGCUCGCAAGUGGUUUGCUCCUUGGAUUGUGGCAUGCAUGGCGUAUGCGCUGAGGGUGUAUGCCGUUGCGAUGAUGGAUGGACCGGCAGUCUCUGCGAUCAAAGACCCUGUGACAUGCGAUGCCACGACCACGGACAGUGCAAGAAUGGCACCUGCGUCUGCACUCAAGGGUGGAACGGAAGACAUUGCACUUUGCCCGGUUGUCCCAACGGGUGCUCGCGUCAUGGACAAUGCCUGCUGGAAGACGGAGUCUACCGCUGCUCCUGCGCCGACGGCUGGGCUGGAACUGACUGUUCCAUCGCCCUGGAAUUGUCAUGCAGUGACAACGAAGACAACGACGAAGAUGGCAUGACGGACUGCUCGGACUCGGAAUGCUGCAGCCGGCCCGAGUGCUCGGACCACAUCAUGUGCCUCGCGUCCAACGACCCCGUCGAGGUGCUGCUGAGGAAGCAGCCCCCCUCCGUCACCGCCUCCUUCUACCAACGCGUCAAAUUCCUCAUCGAAGAAAACUCCGUACAAAGCUACGCUCACAUGGACGAAUAUUCCGAAGGCGAGUUCUGGAAUUCCUUUACACCAUGCCGAGUGUCGGUGGUGCGCGGGCAGGUGGUGUCUCCGCAAGGACUGGGCAUCAUCGGCAUCAGGGUCUCCGUGGACCGUGAGGCCAGGUUUGGCUUCACGCUCACUAGACAAGGAGGAUGGUUCGAUGUCCUGGUGAACGGCGGCGGGGCUGUGACUCUGCAGUUCCAGCGGUCGCCGUUCAAGCCUCUUCGGAAGACUGUCUUCGUGCCGUGGAACCAGAUCGUCGUGCUGCCUCCUGUGGAGAUGGAGCUCAGCGACGACAGCGUCAAAGUGCCGACACCACGUGCACCAGCCCGACUAGACUGGUCUCCGAUUCCCCAAUGGUGGGAGGUGGAGUCGCAGCCGUGUCCAGCUCACGACCACGAGCGCCUGCGACCAGAGGUGGUGGCUGUGCCGCCUCUGGCUGCACCCGCCGCCUCGUCUGUUGCCACUCCUACUGUCAUUUAUCCUGAAGCUCAGAUUGUCAGUGAAUCCAUUGGCAUCCCCGGGUCGUCAGUAAAACUCACCUACCGAUCGUCCCAAGCCGCCGGGUAUCUGUCGUGUGUGCACGUACAACUUACUCGGAAAGUCAUCCCGGCUUCGCUAGUCAGGGUCCAUGUGAGAGUAGAGAUCGAAGGAUCUCUUCACACUCACUCGUAUGAGGCCGAUCCAGAUCUUACACAUGUGUUUGCUUGGAAUAAGAGGAAUGUCUAUAAACAGAAGGUGUACGGUUUAGCCCAAGCUAAAAUAUCGACUGGUUACGAAUAUUCUUCUUGCUCGGCAAUAGUCUGGGAGACACAAACAGCAACCCUCGCUGGUUAUGACGUGGAUAUCUCUGACAUUGGCGGUUGGGGCCUGGACAUUCAUCACCAUUACAAUUUCCAUGAAGGCAUUCUGCAGAAAGGUGACGGUGCUCUUUUGCAUCUCAAGCAGUACCCAAGAACUGUUCAGGUGGUAAUGGGAACUGGCUUGCAGCGAACACUAGAAUGUCCCAAUCAUUGCAAUGGUAAAGCAGUAGACUCCCUCCUGCUUACGCCAACCGCGCUUACUUCAGGACCUGAUGGAUCACUCUAUGUUGGUGACUUUAAUUUAGUUAGACGAAUCACCCCCGAAGGAGUCGUCACUACUAUUCUUCAAUUAGGAACAACGCAAGUGGCCUACCAAUACUACAUCUGCAUUUCACCAGCUGACGGCUACUUGUACAUAUCUGACCCUGAGAGGCAUCAAGUUCGACGAGUUUUAUCCCUGGAAAAAGUUCGAGACCCAUCAAUUAACUCGGAACCUGUCGUUGGAAGUGGUGACCGGUGCGUCCCAGGAGAUGACUCCAACUGUGGUGAUGAGGGCCCAGCAAUAAAAGCGAAAUUAGCACAUCCGAAGGGCUUAGCUAUUGCUGCCGAUAAAACCAUGUACAUUGCUGAUGGUACAAAUAUAAGGGCAGUCGAUCCUAAUGGUAUCAUACACACCUUGGUGGGACAUCAUGGACACCACAAUCAUUGGUCUCCCGUACCUUGCCGUGGAGCUAUUGCACCUUACGAGGUACAAUUGCAGUGGCCAACGGGAGUCGCGCUAUCGCCAUUGGAUGGAUCUUUGUAUUUCAUUGAUGAUCGAAUCAUCUUAAAACUCACCGUUGACAUGAAGAUCAAGGUAGUUGCCGGUCAGCCGUCUCAUUGCAGACCCCCUUCACAGGACGAUAAAACUGUCAACAAAGUAACAAAUAAAACCCAAACUGAGUACAGAGAAGACUCUAACCUGGGUACGAUUCAAGCGAUCGCUUUUGCUCCAACUGGUAUUUUGUACAUCGCUAGUGCGGAUUCAAAGAAAACGAACACAAUCAAAUCGAUAGACCCGUCGGGCAAAGUAAUACAUUUCGCUGGAAAAGUACAGGAGAAUUUGAAAGAGCUAAGUUGCGAGUGCAACUCGUCAGUGGCUGUGACUGCUACGCCGAGUGCGGGCGCGCGGGCCGCGGACGACGGCGCCGGCUGCCCCUGCAAGCUGAGCGUGGCGCCCGGGGAUGAACCACCCACUAGCACAGAAACGCUGCUGUCUUCUAACGCCAAAUUCCAAACUAUAUCCGCACUUGCUGUUACACCUGAUGGAGUCCUGAAUGUCGCUGAUCAAGGAUCUCUGCACAUCUUGGCCCUGAAACACUAUCUACCAACUCAUGACGAAAAUGGAGAGUUCAGGAUACCGUAUCCACCGACAUCUGAGAUAUAUGUGUUCAACCGAUACGGCCAACACAUCACAACUAAAGACUUGACUUCAGGAAAAACUAGAUACUCCUUCUUAUACUCAAAGAAUACGAGCUUUGGAAAACUUUCAACAGUCACGGAUGCUUCCGGAAACAAAAUCCAGCUUUUGAGAGACUACAGCAAUGUUGUGAGCUCAAUCGAAAAUACUCAAGAUCACAAACUUGAACUGAAGAUAUCCGGAAUUGGAUAUUUGACGAAGAUUGCUGAAAAGGGAACUACGGAAAUUGAAUUGGAUUACGACGCCAACACCGGAUUAUUGAACAGCAGAUCAGGGGCGGGAGACACAGUAAUUUAUACUUACGACGAACUCGGACGUGUGACCAAAAUCAUAAUGCCAACUGGUGAACAAGUUCACAUUUCAUCUGGCUUGGCUAAAAACUACGGGCUAGCCGUCACAGUUUCCAACCCAUCAAGCACUAUACCUGUUGGUGUCGCCAAGAAAUGUGAAUAUGUAUUGCAUGGUCAGUCUUUCAAGCAAAUAACAAUCAAUAACGGAAAACAAGUAACUGAAGGCAAAAUAUUCUCUAAUAACACUCUGCUGCUAGAGACACCAUGGGCCGGAAAGUUUGAAAGUAUCGCGGCAGCCAAACACCCUCUACUUGAGGCUGCUCUACCAAUCGAAGCCGAGAUGUUACACAUGUGGUCACACCAAACUACUACAUUCGGAGAUGAGCUCAUCAACAACAUGUACUCACUAUACAGUUUGGUUGGUGAUGUCAGAAAUCCUCAACAGACACUGAACCGUGAAAUAUGGGUCAAUGAUUCCAGAGUCUUGAUUAUUGAAUUCGAUCAGUUCAAGAGCAAAGAGACAUUCUUCAAUGCAGACCGAAACCUUCUACUGACCAUCGCUUACGAUGUUGCUGGACUCCCAUUGUCGUUCACACCUCACGAAGCCGCUGUACCGUUGAAUAUUUCCUACGAUAGAUUCUACAGAAUCAAUGGCUGGAAAUGGGGAGACAGUGAAGAAACAUACAAUUAUGAUCCUCACGGUAUGUUGUCAGAGAUUACAAGUCCGCAAGAUGGAACCAAGUUUAUAUAUUACAAUGAAGGAAAUCUAGUCUCUAAAAUCACUUUGGCUAGCCAAAAGAGUUUCAAGUAUGUGUAUGAUGGAGAUGGUGGAAUAACACACGUGAUCCUGCCCUCCGGGACCAAUCAUUCAUUCAGUGUUCAGCCAUCUAUUGGAUUCUUGAGAGUCACAUACACACCGCCAGGAUCUACCAAAAAGUAUUUGCAACAUUACUCCCACACAGGAGAGCUAUUGCAGACCGUGUUCCCUGGUGACGGAGCCCGGAUUGUAUAUCGGUACUUCACCACGAAUAAAGUAUCUGAAAUAGUUCACGGUGACGGUCAAACGCAAAUACACUAUGCGGAAAAUAGCGGACUUCCAUCAGAGAUAUUGCACGUGGACCGUGACGUCGACUACCGCUGGGAGUCGACCUACGUGGGUGGCCUGCUCACCGAGGAACGACUAGACUACGGUGCCAAGACCGGACUCAGCAACGCUAAAAUUGUCUAUGAGUACGACAACAACUACCGCAUCACGGCAGUGCAAGGACGCAUCGGAGGUCAGACGAUGAUUCCGCACCACAUCGUGUACAACACCAAGACCGGUGCCCCCGAAGUUCUUGGACAGUUCACUGUCUCCAAACAAAAGUGGAAUGAGACGUCUGUAUACGAUGGUAUUGCAAUGUUUUCUAGAGCAUUGAACGAUCAAUUCUUGGAAAAAGAUAUCACUGUCAAUAUUCACAGGAUGGAAGUGUUCAGAAUGGAAUUCUCAUACGACAAACACGGAAGAAUAUCACAAACAAGAACCCAUACCAGAAAUGUUGGUGUAAACACAUACACUAAUGUGAAGAACUAUACAUGGGAUUGCGAUGGUCAGUUGACUGGUGUCGAAGCUCAAGAGCCUUGGGGCUUUAGAUAUGACGACAAUGGCAACAUGCUGUCACUGACAUACAGAGGAAACACCAUACCAAUGGAAUACAAUGAUAUGGACCGUAUUAUUAAAUUCGGUGAAGGCCAAUACCGAUACGACAGCCGUGGCCUGGUAUCACAAAAUGCUAGAGAGGAAAGAUUCCAGUACAACUCAAAGGGUCUCCUUAUUAGAGCAACCAAACGUGGAAGAUUUGAUGUCCGGUACUAUUACGAUCAUUUGGAUAGGUUGUCCACACGUAAGGACAACUUUGGAAAUGUCACCCAAUUCUUCUACACAAACAAGGAGAAACCUCAUGAAGUGAGUCACAUCUACUCGCCGAGAGAAAAUAGAUUCAUGACUCUGGUAUAUGACGACAGAGGUCAUCUUAUCUACACUCAGGUUGCCAGACACAAAUACUACAUUGCUACCGACCAAUGUGGAACACCAGUGAUGGUGUUCAACCAAUAUGGAGAGGGCAUUCGUGAAAUCAUGAGGUCGCCGUAUGGACACAUUGUUUACGAUUCCAACCCGUACCUCUACCUCCCCGUAGACUUCUGUGGAGGUCUUCUAGACCAAGUCACAUCGCUCGUCCAUAUGUCUAAUGGAAAAGUCUACGAUCCGCUGAUUGGUCAGUGGAUGUCGCCAUUAUGGGAAGAUCUCAUUGAAAGAAUACAUAAGCCAACUGAGUUGCACCUCUACCGAUUCAAUGGCAAUGAUCCUAUCAAUGUCAGGCCCAAGAAUAAGAAGCCAACAGACCAUCUAUCGUGGCUGGAACUACUGGGAUACGACAUCAAGAGCCUGGCUCCACAACUCUACCCAGAAGAGCUCCCCGGAGGUUCCGUGCUGCCGAGCAUCCCGCGCGGCCGGCCCGUGUGGGGCUUCCCCGGAGACUCCAACGGCCUGGGACUACCGUCCGCCAUGUCACUGAUACCGAGUGUCAACAUCGAAUCUGGGUUCUUAUCCCACAUGUCUAACAAGAGAAUAUCAGACUCGCGCAGUCUGUCGAUCCCGACGAUGUCUGCGCUGAAGACGGACGCGCUCCGAUUGGCGCCGCGGCGCGUCGGGUCGGACUCGGAGCCGCCGUUCGGGCGCGGCAUCCUCGUGUCCCGCAACGCGCGCGGCCGCGCCGUCGUCUCCGCCGUGCCCUCCGCCAACGCCAUCUACAAGGACGUCUACACCUCCGUGUUCAACCGCUCGCACCUCCUACCCUUCUCGUUCGUGGUGCACGGCGACCAGCAGGACAUGUUCUACUUCGUGAAGGAGGAGUCGUGGCGCGCCGCCGACGACAAGCAGCAGCUGAAGCGCAUGCAGGGCAAGCUGAACGUGACGUUCCACGAGGUGGCGGAGGGCGGGCGCUCGUACGCCGACGUGAAGAUCCACGGCGCCACGAGCGUGGUGAACCUGCGCUACGGCACGACGGCGGAGCGCGAGCGGCAGCGGCUGCUGCACCACGCGCGCGCCGCGGCCGUGCGCAAGGCGUGGCACCGCGAGCGGGAGACGCUGCGCGGCGGGCUGGGCGGCUCGCUGGACUGGUCGGCGGCCGAGCUGGACGAGAUCCAGAAGCAGGGCUGGGCGGGCGGCUACGAGGGCGAGUACGCGCACGACGUGGCCCGCUACCCGGAGCUGGCCGAGGACCCGUACAACGUGCGCUUCGUCAAGAAGCGGGCGGAGCGCGCGGAGCGGCGGCGGCGGAAGCGGGCGGCCUGCGCGCCGCGCCGCUGGUGGCUGCGCGGGGCCGACCUCUGCUAGUACUGCCGCCAUCCAAAUGCCAAAACAUGUGUGAACUAGUGCACUGAGUGAACGGUGACGGAUGAGUGUGUGCGUGAUUAUGGAAAUAUAUUUUGUAAAUAGUCUCUAUUAAUUGUUAAUUGUUGAUGUAUGUAUGUAUGGUAGAUGCAAAUCCCUAUCGCUAUGUAAAUAAUAAAGUAUCAUUUGCAGGGAGAGAGUAUGGACCUUCUGGAAGGACUGAUAUUAAAAUAAAUGUAAUGUAUGUAUAAAAUAAGACGAUUUAUGUGAAUAUGAAAUUAUUUAUACUUAUUUAUCGGUAAAAAAGCUUCGAUCGUGUCCAAUGUUCUUAUAAAAUUUAGAUGAAGACUAUUUGAAAAAAAUAAAAGGCAUACUUUUUUAACCAAAUAAA